UUUUGGCUAUUAAUGUAAGAUUGUAUUAAUAGAAUAUGGAGACUCAUACUCCUAGUUCUUAUAUUGCCAAUAUAACACGGAAGCCGGUAAUAGUAAAGCUUAAUAAUGGGACGCGAUUUCGUGGAUUAUUGUCUAGCUUGGAUGACAGGAUGAACUUGGCUAUGGAAAAUACUAAGGAAUAUUGUGACGGAGAGCUGGUUAAAGCGUAUGGAGACUCGUUCAUACGAGGCAACAAUGUCUAGAUACUGAAGUUCAAUGAUUCAGAAUCUUCUUUUGUGACCCUGAACGGGUUUUAGGCUUACCCACUGGUGCUAUGGUGGUUAGCGAAAGAAAAUGGUCACUACACUAAUGAAAUGAUGCUCCACGUUUUAUACAC